UUAUGGUCUCUCUGACCCAGGCGUCUGUGGUUGUGUUCUCCCAGACGUUGUAAAACAGUGCCAGUCGACCCCCAAUGGGGUAGUCCUCCUUGGCGUCACUUGGACCGCCUGUAAGGACUACUGCCCGAUCCCCUGAAGGGGCGCUUGGUCUGGGACUGACCCCUGGCUCCACUACUCUGGCGGUCCUGUUGCCGAUCCUGUCUGAAAGAAUAGGAUCGCGAGCCUCUGGGCCAAUCCCAGGACUGCCCUGCCCGAAAGGGCUGUCUCCAAUCCCAGGAACCGCUGGGAUGGAAUGACGGCCUACGGAAGUCCUAUUGGGGCCAUCUAUCUGGUUUUUUAGAGGGAUGGGCCAUCACCUUGCGCUUGUCCUUGCCCUCAAUGAUAUGAGGCUCUAGGACCGGACCAAAAAGGUGGGUGCCACUGUACCUAGAUGUUGCUAAGCGCCACUUUGCCUUUAAAUCGGUGCGCCAUUGCUUCAACCAGAGCAGCCUACGUGACGCCACUGAGGCUGCAAUAGAUCUGGCCGAACAUCUAGCCGAGUGCAAGGAUGCAUCCGCAAUAUAUUCGGAUGCUGCCACUAUUUUCCCUAUUGUUUGGUGCGCUCUGACCUAAUCCAGGGGGAUGAGCGCCUGGAGUUCCUGCAACCACAUUAUCGCCAAGCGUGCAAAGAAGGAGGAUGAGGUUGCCGCCCUUAUGGCCCAAGCCGAAGAUUGGUGAGCUCUACGAAAGGAGAACUCGAACUUUUUGUCCUCUGCCUUCAAGAAUUCAGCCAUGUCCCCCGGAACGGUGGUAUUGGAGAACAGAGAGAUCAGCGGAGCGUCUACGGAUGGAACUUCUAGAAGAGAAGCGGAAGAAGAAGAGACAUUGUAAAGUUUCUUGUCUAAACUGCUCUGUGAAGGAGUGGUAGCUAGGGACGCCCACUGCUUUUCCACCGUAGACCUGAAGACUAGUGGGCAUGGAAUCUGCGGUUCCUCCUUGACCUUUUCCGCAAACAGAGGAUUGGCUUCCCGGUUGGUUGAGGAAGAAGGUGUCUCCUCCUGGGCUGAGGGAAGAAAAAUCUGAGGACCAAGAUUUACAGGGUCUAAAGGACAAAUCCUCCAAAUGUAAAAAAGUCAAGAAAGAGCGGAAAGAAGAAAAGCAACGUGAGCAUGCCCAGCCCUCUGUGGAGCCAGCUGAAGCAGGCAAGGCAGAAAUGUCGGAAGGAGCUGGAACUGCUCCAGCUGUACCUGAGGCCUCUGCAUCUCCAAAACAGCGCCGCUCUGUCAUCCGAGAUCGUGGUCCCAUGUAUGAUGAUCCCACUUUGCCCGAGGGCUGGACUCGCAAACUCAAGCAGAGAAAAUCCGGACGCUCGGCGGGGAAGUAUGACGUCUAUCUUAUCAACCCCCAAGGCAAGGCCUUUCGUUCUAAAGUUGAGCUCAUCGCCUACUUUGAGAAGGUGGGAGAUACUUCUCUGGAUCCUAAUGAUUUUGAUUUCACGGUGACUGGACGUGGGAGCCCCUCACGACGAGAACAGAAGCCUCCUAAGAAAACUAAAGCCCCUAAAACUACUGGCACAGGCCGUGGACGGGGUCGACCCAAAGGUAGUGGCUCUACCAAACCUAGAGGAACUGCUUCAGAAGGCGUACAGGUGAAAAGGGUAAUUGAGAAGAGUUCAGGAAGGCUGCUAGUCAAGAUGCCUUUGCAAUCGUCUUCGAUGGGAGCAAAGGCAGAAGGAACAGGGGGGGCUACCACCUCAGCACAGGUCAUGGUGAUCAAACGUCCUGGGCGUAAACGGAAACCUGAAUCAGAUCCCCAGGCUGUGCCUAAGAAACGGGGACGAAAGCCAGGCAGCAGUGCAGUAGCAGCUGUUGCCGAAGCUAAGAAGAAAACAGUCAAGGAGCCAGUCAUCCAGGCAGUCCGGGAGACAGUAUUGCCCAUCAAGAAACGUAAGACACGUGAGGCUGUCAGUAUAGAGAUCACCAAGCCAAGUCCUCCUCCUCCAAGCAACACAGCGGAAUGGAGUUCCAAAGGACAGCGAACGGCUGCCAAGAGCCCAGGGCGCCGCAGCAAAGAAAGCAGCCCUAAAGGGCGGGGUGGCAAUGCUGUGUCAACCCCUGCCCCUUCCUCUUCUCCUGGCAAGAAAGAUCAGCACCUCCCUCCCCAUCAGCCAUCUUUGGAGCCCCAGGGCACCUCCCCUGCUCAGUCCCCUGAAAGCCCUAAGGACAGCAAGAGCCUUCCAACUGAGCCCCAGGACUUGAGCAGCAAGAGCUAUAAAGAGGAGAGGGCUCCAGAAAGUGAUGGCUGUCCUAAAGAGCCACCUAAGACUCAAUCUGGUGGCACAGCCGUGUCCUACAAACAUGAGCGCAAAGAUACUGUGUCGUCCUCCACGGCCUUGUCCCGGCCUACAAACAGGGACGAGGCCGUGGAUACCAGGACACCUGUGUCAGAGCGGGUCAGCUGACUUUGCGGGGGGUGAGUGAGCAAGCAAGUGAGCGCCAGAGGUAACAAAGAGAGGAACAGGCACUCUCAGCCCCACACACCCAAAUGAGACUCCAGGCUGCUGCCGGGUAGAAUUCUCUUUUCCCAUAAUGCCCUGGCUUUCAAUCAAUCAGCUUACCCCCAAACUAUCCCUCUGUGUUCCUCAUUCCCCCCAUUUUUAAUACAGACAAGCACAGUGUGGGGUACAGAAACAUGCCUCCCAGGGCUGGAAGCCACUUUGCACUUUUUCUACAGAACGGGGGCCCACUCUUCCCUCUCCCCAUCUGCCUGGCUCCUUCUGCCAUGCUUUGCUGAGAAUACUACUGACAAGGCAAGCUGUUUGGCGGGGGAGAAAUAGCUCCAAACUCUGGCUUGUUGCCCUGAUCCUGUUUGCCCUUCAUAAUAUAGAGGCCCCAUCAACAGAUCAGGUGGAGAUGGGCCCACACGUGUAUUCCACUCCACCUCCCUAGUGCCAUGUAAUGUAGUUGUCCAGUCUUAGUUGGAAUUCUGUAGUUUUCAGUAGGGUGUGUGUGCAUGUGUACACAUGAGAGAGAGAGAGAGAAAUAGGGUGGUAUAUUGGGGAACUAAUAUCCCUCAUCUGCCAUUUAGGCCAGCAAUUAGGAAGAAUAUUGUCUCCCCCCCCCCAAGAAUAGCUCUGCUGCUAAGAGACCACUGGGAUACUAGGUGCAGCUUUGUAUUAAUGUCCUCCUUUCCUGUGUCAAUCCUGAAAGGAGAGGCCUUUGAUUUUGUUGAAACAAUCCGAGUGUGCUGAACGGCAUUUGUGUGUUUGCUUGUCACACGCUAAGAGUUUAAAACGAGAAGUUCUUCCAGUUACUGUCAAUGAUAUUAGCUUAGGAAACUGUUUGCACUAAUGGAGGCCUUUGUCCACUUGUUUGGGGAGGGGGGGCGCAGUGGCGUGAAAGAUGUACAAAGUGUGCCUAUGUGUAUCAGAUGGGGCAUUGGACUGAACAUUGGCUCACCUUUUCACUGUACUUCUUGUUCAAGAAAGUAGCCCAAUGUGUGUAAAACUACCUGUAAUUCUUUGUGGGAUUGGUACAUGGCAAUGGCUGAAUUGAGAGGCCUAGUUGCUUCAAAUAAUUUCCCUCCAGUUGGCAACCAAGCUCUUCCAAGGCGGUUGAGCACAUAUCGCCUCACUCCCCAGAAAAGCAGGGCUCAGCAGAAGUGUAGCGUUUUAUUAUGAGGCUUUGUCUACAAUUAAGGUCUAUUUUUUCCCUCCUGAAUAGCAGAAAACAGCAUUCAGUGGAGGGAAGGGGAAGGACAUUGGCCAUGCUAGUCAGCUUAUUUUUGUUUAAGUGAAUAUGUAGCACAGAGGUAAGCUAGUGUCUCCCCCUACCUUUUCUGGACUAUAGCAAAUACUUCAAUAAGAAGAAAGCAGGACUGAAUCCCAGUCAAAGUCUAGGCAGGAAGUAGCUUUCUUAAAAUAAAAAAAAUAUCCCCCGUGGUGUGAAAUGAUAAAAAAAGAUCCAUCUUAUUUCAUGGGUCUUUGAGGACUCUAAUAGACGUAUAUCCUGAUAUCUGUGAUAAUUUUUUUAAAUAAAGAAGUUAGCACUCUAAAAAGUCAGAAAGUAUUCAGAACAGUAGCAUUUUAUGGUUUAAAUAUGCGCCCUCUCACCUUUUACAAGUUGUUAACUGGGAGAAAAAUAGAGAUUCCUAUCAUGGCUUUUUUCUUCUUCCUAUUUCUAGUAUAGCAGUUUCCUUGCAGGAAUGACAAAAUUUAGAACAGGAAAAUUAUUUUGAGAGGGAGGAAUAUUAAUUUUUUUCCUUAGUAAAAUUGGAGUUCCUGCAGUCAUAUAUGUACGUACAUAAAUACAUACACAGGCUCUCAGGAGUCAUGUUUAUUUGAGAGCUUAGAGAGCCUCGUUGGCAUAGAUGAUGACUUUUCUUCUCCGUUCUUGCCUAUGUACCAGACAUUGGAAUAAAAAUUCUUCUAUGUGCAUAAGUAGCCAAAGUGAAGUUAUUAGCCUUAGAAUAUGAUUUGUUCAUAAGAAAAAAAAAACCUCAGUUUUCUCUAUGGGAAGACUGAUGAGAAUUAGCCCUGUAGCUAACCCGAUUUUUUUUUUCUGAGCUUCUUACAGUGUAAUCAGAACUGAAAGUUUGAUUUUUUUUCUUCUCUUUCUCCUUGAUUUGCAAUAAGGUUGGGGCUGGCUUCUUUCUUUAUCAAGAAUAAAAACCAAGCCUCUUAUUUAAUCAUUAGAAUUUGAGCUACAAUCUGUUGCUAAAUGGUGAAUUCCUCUGAAACUAGCUCAUUAUUUAUUGGAAUGAUGUCUCUGUGCCGAGAAGUACAUAUAGAAACCUGAUAGAAAAUGUAAAGAAGCACGCACAAGGAAAAAACAGGAGGAAAUUACUUUGCAACAAUUUAAACUCUUUAAGGGCUUUUCCUCAAUAUUAAAAAAGGCACAAAUUUAGUUUGGCAGGGGAGGGGGUCUCCUAUCUACAGUUUUCCAAACCACAAUAAAUAUCCUAGUCUGUGGGAAAGAGAUGUGAAAAAUGCAGUAUACUUUGAUAUUCAGCUGCAUUUGGGGAUUUCUAAGACUUUGCACUUGACUGAGAGAUCUAGAGUGAAGUAUUGUCCCGCUUGCUCCAGCUUCUAAGUUUGCAGAGACAACCUUCUAUCAUGUAUUAAUUUUUCUAAGUUAUAAGAUUGUUUUGAUAAAUGGAAUAGAACCUUACAUUUCAUUCUACUUUGGGGUCAACUCUGAUGGGACUUUUUUAAUAGUAAACAUAUAUAGACAUAUGUUGAAAUUAAAAGUAUGACAGGUACAAUUUGGUGUGGGUGAGUUUUACAGAGCACUAUCCUUGGAAGUCAAAGUAUAGAUAUACAUCAUGAAAGUUUCCAUAGAAGAAUAUCAUGGUAAAACAGCUCCUUAGCUUGUCCAGCUUGAAACACAGAACAUCAAGAAUAAAAAAUAGUGAUAGCAAUCUUUCCAAUUGGAAUAUUGAUUUUUUUUAUUAAAAAAUUCAGUUUGGGUUAUAACUGAAGCCCAAGCUGAAUGUAGUGGUAACAAAUCUGUUUAUAGUUUUUUAAAAAUCAUGUAAAGAGGAAAUAUUAUUUCCUGUAGUUUACUUCUACAGCCUGAUACAUACAGGUGUUUGCAGGAUGAAAAGCAUACUCAAGCUGGGCUUAGAGUGCCAGUACUACAAUGCAAGCUACACCCCUUUCAUAUGUGCAAUAACACAACACUUGUACAUGAGUGGAGUUUGUGUUACAAUGUGUGACAAUGCUUUUAUCUUUUGUUCCCCCAAUACCCCACUGUGGAUACCUGUUGACACAAAACAUUUUCAUUCAUACAUACAUUGUUCUUGGAAGAAUUCUAAUAACAGGAAUUCGGUUGGAUAGAAAAAAUCCUCGGGGAGAGGAUGAUGGAUGAAAUAGCAGACAUGGAGAACAUUGUUUUAUACAUAAGCCUGCACUUAUGCCCUAAAAUAUGGACCCACAUUUCCAUUUCAGACAUAUUAGACCAAGCUUAUGGCUAAGCAGGCGUGUUGUGUCAGUUUAGUCCUGUCCCUAUAAUAUAGGGUAUUGCUGCAUUCCAGUGUCUUUAGCAUUCAUAAUAUUGUAGUGUAUAGCUGAAAAUACAAAUGGGGCUGUAGUUCUGCAGGAAAUAUACUCAGCAUUUGACGUUUUUAGCAUUUGAACCUUCUGAAAUUAAUACCCAUAGGCAGAUCUUCUCUAGUUUAGUUUACUAUGGGAGUAUUGAAAGCCUCAUGCCUUCCUAUUUAUUUGGCAAAGAUCAUUUAGAAAAUGUAGUUUUUGCUAUCGUAAAAGGCGCUCUAGCACUCUCCCAGCCAUGUACCUUUCAAAAGAUAUAGGUGACUACUUUAGAUAAAAAGUUGGCAGCCCUUUGCCAUGUCCUUUCCCAACUGUUUCUUGGUGUCCAUUGUUGAGGCAGAUAGUUGCCCUCAUGAUGGAAAUACCUCUCCCUUCCUUAAAAAAAAACAACCGUUUUCAUGGGAGAGAAUAAUGCACUUUAAAGCCAAGAGAAGAAUAUUCUUUCUUGCUUCCUAUUUGGGUGAACAGUAGAGCCACAGGCCCAUUGAGAUCACAUGGUUUUAACAAUGUCUAGCAAAUAGAUUGAGAAGAAUGGGUUAAAUUUAAUAUGGGGUCAGAUGGGGAUAGUAAAGAAGCUUCAAAUGUUAAGAUUUUGGGAUAUAUUUAGUUAAGUAUACCUAUGAACAUGUAUGGAAUUUGAAUUUGAAACAAAAAUCCAAAUUAGAAUAUCAAUACCCAUAUAUCACUAAAAUCAUCUUCAUAUUGUAAUUAGUCUAAUCUAUCGUUACCUGGAUUUGAAAAGCUUGUAAGACCACAGGGUUGUUGUUGUUUUUUAAUCUCACAUGUCUCGACAUUCCAAACAAGUCAAAAGGUGACACUUUUAUACUAUUUCCCUUCCCUUCCUUGAGUUGUGAUGUAGUAGGGCGGGAAAUUGAAGGUUCAUUUGGUCAGUAAGAGCCAAACUAGAUCCUUGUAGGCAGACUAGGAUUGCUGCUUUUGAUUGCUACAAAGUGAUUGUAAGAGAGGCAGUUUUGCACCAGAGAAGCAGCAGGCAAGCAAAAAGUUUUAAUUCUGCUUGCUUUUUUUCCUGACUCUCCCUGCCUUCCUCCCAGCACAUGAACAUUUUUUUGCUGCAUAUGGCAUCCUUCUUGCUCCGCUUUGCAGCUGAUUACAGACCUGGGUCUUCCACCAAAAUCUAGUUCAACCCAAAGAAAGGAUUGAAAAAGUAGAGCAGGAGUAUGGUCAAGAAGGAGUAAUAGAAGUCUGGCCUCUGCCCACCAUUCCUUCUAAAGAUGCUGCUUUUCCAGAGUGCAUUACAUCAGUAGUAGCUUCACUGGCAAACUGCUUAUUUAAAGUGACUAUCUUUGCUCCUAGCUCUGCCCACUUCCACCCUGCUCAUCCUCAAGACACAUGUGGAUAGUGCCUGGAGUUUGAGAGACUGUGCAAGAGGGAUUUACCUUGUUAGCAUUGUGAACCACCUGAUGUUUCUGUGUCAAGUGAAAAUAAACUUGUCAGUUUCAAUUAUUAUCCAAUAAUGUGUAGAGUUUAACGUUAGAUCUAAAUCUUUUUUGUUUGGGGAUUUAAUUUCUGUUUUGUGUGUGUGUGUGUGUGUGUGUGUGUAGUGUUUCUUUUUUUUUAAGGCACCAAGUAGACACAGAAAAAAUUGUCUAAUUUUAUAUAUAUGUAUAUUGCAUUAUAAAUGAGGGGUAGCUUUUUUUUUUUUGCUUAUUGCUCCACUACCAAAUAAGGAUAACAGACUGACAAGCAAGGAAUGGUAUGGUCUGUUCAGAAAUUAUUACAUGUUGUUUUCUUUACUAUUAUUCCUAAACUUCAGUAUCAUGGCAAGGGAAAAGAAAACACCCUUCACAAUUGUCUGCCAGUAAAUGCCAGAACAGAAAAUACAUUUAGCUGGGCUGUUCUUACACUUUUGGAAGGGGAUUUUUUUUUUAUUUUUAUUUUUAUUUUUAUUUAUUUUUUUUUUUUGUUCAAUGAGUUUGAAAAAUAACAGGAUGGUCACAUAUAGUCAACAUUUUAUUUUGUUUGCACUCAAAUCAACUUGUGGGGAAGGGCAUUGACUUGGGUCUAGGACAGGGGUGUCAAACUGCCGGCCCGCGGGCUGGACGUGUCACGUGGAAGCCGCGCCCACCCCAUUGCCGGCAAUGGCAAAACUGGCCCGAUACGUUAUGCGACGUCACAUGACGUCGCAAGUUUGACAUGCCUGGUUUAGGAUGAUAAAGUGAAGAAAAUAUGGAGUAUUUGGUCUGUAUUGUGACUAACCUGUCUAAAAAUAUUUUCAGUUUAACUAGAGCCUAACUAAUGUUAUUGGCAUGAUUUAGCUCUAUCAAUUAUGGCUACUUCUAUGGUGAAACAACUUAGUCUGGUAGUGUACGUUUUGGAAAACUACUAUUGGUCCUAAACUGAACUUGGUGUUCUUCCUCAUUUUCUUCAUAGCAAAAUUCUUAUCUGGCUUCUCAUCUUCCCACUUCUACUGUUUUUAAAGUUAAUAUUUCUCCUACCGCUCCUUUCAUUUUGUGCACUGCAUGCCAUCUGGCAUAAAUUGGAAGCACUCCAUGAUAGCAUGUUCCGUUCUUUAGCUGAUAACCUGCCUUUUGUUUAUCUUCACUUCUCUCCCCUCUCUUCCUACAUGUUUAGCAAAAAUCAAGGUCUGAUUUCCAAAGACAUCAUGUCUGGAUUUGAUAUUGUAUCUUCAUGGGUCAGUGUCAUACUGCAUCCAGAUAUGGAUCCUGGAAAGAAAAAGGUGUGAACAAAAAAUGGACAUGUCAAAUAACUGGGUGGCAGAAGUGAAGUAUUGAAUUGUACUCUCACUACUUUUUCUACUGAUCAAACAUGUUUUGCAGUAUUUUUCAGAGAGAACGAAUUAUCAGUUUUUCAAAUUGGACUUUGCCCUUUCUCCUCUUAGUGUUGCUUAUGCUUGCAUGAGUGAUUGCUGAGUUGUUCAGUUUGUGUCACACUUAAUAAUUUUGUAUUAAAGCUUUUGUUAUCUUUGACAUUAUAGCUCAAGUAACAGUCAUCAAAUCAAAGGCUGAUGUGUUUGGAAGCAGAUCAUUAAGCAAAAAAUAGCUUUUUAGCACUUUACUGACACAGUUCUCAUCAUAUCCCAAAAGGCCCCAUUAGAAAGAGGACCAAAUAUGAGAGUUUCUGCCAGUUUUCACUUGCAAGUUGUGGAAAUCAGCAAUAUCCGCUCAGAGUAGCAGCUUAAAAUUGCCGUUCUUCCAAAAGCAAAGAUCGAGCAUAGAUUACACUUCUCUGAGGGACAGUGUUACUAUAUUUCUCGUAACUGAGGUUGGGGGAGAGAAUUUCUCAGUCCAUAAAUUGACAUACAUAAAAAAUUUCUUCCAGUCAUGGUUUUCCUUCUCUAAGCCAUGUAGAUGAGCAGUACUUACUGCGGUUGUGUUAUCUCUGCAUGAAGUGGCAAUAGAGUUGGACAUUGAUCAAUUGAUUUUCUUUGUGAGUGCAAGAAAAAAAAAAGGCUUUCCUCCCUUUAUUGUACAGGGGGAGGGAUGGGGGGAAAUCCUUUCUCCAGCUUCCAUAAAUCAACAUGCCACUAAUAACAAACCAACUUCCUUCUGCUUCACAAUUCAGUAGUGAUCACUAUAAGACCAAAUAUUACACGGACUGUUAUUAAAUGUAUGCUGAGUGCUUGCUAGCUUGUACAGCUCUUAAUCUUCACAUAGCCAACUAACUCUCUACCCAGUGACAUUUCUUUAAAAAAAAAUAAAAAAAUCCAGAGACAGCAGAAUUUGGGGUUGGGGUGGGAGUUGUUUUUUUAUUUUCUUUUAAAUAGUGUUUGUUUUUUCUGAGAGGGGAUAUAACAGAAAAGAACUUUGGUAUUUGAGACUCUCAUUGUGUGUAGGGUUUUUAUCUCCCCACCCUAAAAAAAGGAAUGUCAAUGAAAACCUUUUGUGUGUGUGUGUGUGUGUGUGUGUGUGUGUGUGUGUGUGUUUAUUUUAAUGGUCCACGAGUAUGUAUCGUGAACAUUUCUGUAAAGUAAUUGUUCCAGGCACAAAUGCUUCAAAUGUGAGUGUCAAAUAUAUGUAUAUAUUUUAAAAGGGAGGAAAGGUAUAUACUUUUAUUUUUGUCUUACCAUUGGCAGUAGGGAGAAAGGGGUAGUUUAGACAAUUUUUUUAACAACUUCCCAGGGUAUUUUAUAUGCUUCAAUUUCUAAUAAUCUACUACCAGAAGUCAGUGUAUCAAAGAAAUUAGAAUAUGCUUAGAGUCCUUCAUUAAAACAUUCAUUUGGCGGGAAUGCAAUACUAAAAACAAGAAACAAAAUCCAGGGAGAACUUUAUAAAGUUUUCAUUUUUAAUAAUCCACCACCAGAAGGCAAUAUAGGAAAAAAAUGAGGUGGUGCUGUAGAUUCCUUCACUGAACACUCAUUAAGGGAGGAAGAAUAAAGUAGCAAAUCAGGAGGAUCUAGCAUUAUAAGUGUUAUCAAAGAAGAAAGCAUUGAAACUCUCCAAAAAAUCAUAGUUAACACUCUUAUUAGUUGGGCUGUAUGUUGUCUAAGGAUUGCCCCACUAAUAUUUUUAAUGCCGAGAAAUCACUGUCGAUCCAUAUGAAUGAUCCUUCUAUAUUAAAUCUCUAAUUUUAGGGGAAAAUAUAAAGAAACUUUCCACUGAGGUUAAGUAGAGCUUCCUUGGCUCUUUUGAAGAAUUUUUAAAAAUAUAUUCUAUUGUGUACCCCCCACCCAUACUUCCUGACCACACUUUGCAUUUGUUUGAUGCAUUUUUGGGACAAUUACUUUUAAGAAUUCUGAGUAGAUUGUUUAAUAAAACUUAAAAAUUGAUUGCUCUUUUUGUAGGUUUUGUCUACAGCCAAAAAAAAAAAAAAAAGACUGAAAGCACUGACUAUAUUUAAAAAGAAGAAAAAAUAAAUUUAAUAAAGGAAAAUUUGUAUAAUUUCAGUAAGAAAAUAACAAAAUCCGUCUGAAUGUACAUGUAUAUGUUUAAAAGAAAUCCACCAAAAUCCCUCCCUACCCUUGUAUCCUAUUUAUUAUAUAAAACGUUUGCCUUAUAAAUUUACAAGAAAAA